ACUCGAACGAUCUGGCAACUACGAAUAUCGAUGUCUGAAUAAAUUUAGCAAGUUAUCUUUACCAUUUAAUGGUUGAAAUUUGACUAUUUAUUAAUACCUCAGGAAUUGUUAUUAUGUGUUUAGUGUUUUGACAGAAUGAAAAUUAACGAGAAAAACUUGUGUGUUUUCGCCUCUACACCUCCAUUUGAUUGCGAGGGAUUUUUGAAUAAGCGUGGUGAAGUUAAUAAGGCGUUCCAAAGACGAUAUUUCGUACUAAAAGGAAACUUGCUAUUUUAUUUUGAGAAAAAAGGAGAUAAAGAACCUUUGGGACUCAUAAUUGUAGAAGGUUGCACAAUAGAAUUGUCGGAAGAAAGCGAUCAGUAUUGUUUCGAAAUAGCUUUCAAUGGUAACCGAACUUACGUCUUAAGUGCAGAUUCGCAGGAAAUUAUGGAAAGUUGGAUGAAAGCUUUGACAUGCGCUGGCUAUGAGUACAAAAAAUUGGUUGUAGCAGAGCUACAGAGGCAAUUAGAAGAGAUUGAUUGUUCUCGUAAUAAAAUUCCUACGGAGGUAACCCCUACAACAAAUGUGCCUAGGCCACCACCUCGAAGAUACAAUCCAUUCAAUCGACCAGCUCCGCCCUUGCCAGGCACUAGUAAUAAUAAUGGAGUUCCUGGACCCUUCAUUAAUGGUCAGUUUGUUUCUGCCAGACAUGGUGGCUUGAACUCGACGCACACUUCACCUGAAUCAAUCCUUGGGAACAUCCCUAUGCCGCCAGUAAGGACUAACAAAAAUGAUUGCAAUAAUGCAGUCAAUUCAGCAGUAUUUAAAUCAUGUUCCCCAUCGCUGAAUAUUUUGCGAAAUAACAAUUAUACAUUUGAUCAAUUACAUGAAAAUUUUCGCCAAGCGGUAAUGAAAGAUGUGCUUAUAUACAGGACGGAACAAUUACUCAAGGCGAAGCCGCUUAUUGAAUUGUGAUGUUUUUCUAAUAUUUAACAUAUGCUUAAGAAUAGUAAUGUGCCUUGAAAUUAAGACACAUAUUUGUCAGUUUAAGUAUUUAAUAUUUAUUUUCUUAUGUGCCGAAAAUUAACUUUGUCGUCAUUAGUUAUUUGAGGGUGUCCUACGAUAAUAGCAAUUACUACAUAUGUAUAUGUGUACUACUGUAAAAUUGUGUGUUGAAUAGUUUGACAUUUGUUCCAUUUUAUAACCAACUUACUGUGGUGUACUCAAAAUAAAACCACUGACCGUUUUUAUCACAUCAA